AUGGAGGUUGACAAUCAAAAGAUCGAGCAGGAUAACGAGGUGUCAUCAGAGCUGUCUAAUACUGGGGAAGUUUUGUCACAAGACAUUAGUGAUAGAAAGGAUGAGGACGAAGAAGAAGAGGAGGAAGAAGAAGAAGACAAAAUUGUAGAGAAAUCUCACAACAGCCGUUUUCAUAAAAGAAAUAAAAGAUUCCCGAAACAAAUCGAAGGGGUUGAUAAUGCAUUUGUUGCAAUAGAGCCAAAAUCUGGAAAGGAAGUCAUUUGGAACGAAUGUAUUCUACCUGAGAAAAAAACUGACAAAGAAAACAGAUACCUUUCAUUGAUCAAAAAACUAAAGAAAAAUUCGCACCCUUUUCUCGUACGUUUCCUAGACGCUUGGGUAUCCAAGACGGAGGAGGGACCACGCAAGCUUGUCUUCAUCACCGAGCGUCUCGAUGAGUGUACACUGAAACAAUUUUUGUGCAAUUCUGCGAGGAAUAACCGCUUGUGGAAGAGACAUGUGGGCCAGCUCCUUUCUGUCUUGAUGUUCCUUCAUCGCCUUGGUGUCGCGCAUGGAAAUCUGACUAAGGAGUCAAUUUAUUAUCAAAACUCGGGAAACCUGAGAGUUGGAUUGUUCGCCCUUGGUAGAUGUCUGGACCAAAAAUCUGAGACGUUUGAUGUAUAUUCUCUUGGUGUUGUCUCUCUGGAGAUUGCCGUGUGGACUCCCACUGAGUUUCCACCAAAUACAGACUUGAGUGAAAGGUGUCAACAAAUGCUAUCGCGCUUAGAUAACAACAGUCAAAAAAGCUUUAUUGAGGCGUGCUUUGAUACUGGUUCUACAACAAAAGGUCUUAUCAAACGACUACUCAAUCAUCCGGCUGUUACGGAAGUGCCAAUCCUGAAGCUGUUAUCGGCCAGAAUGAUUGUCAACUCAAUGAUUUCCGUUUCCAAUGAGGAUGGUGGUACGAAUGAACCAACAGGGUUUGUCAGUCUAUUAAAAGAUUAUCUCAGUCGCUAUGAAGAUGAAACUGUUAUUAUGGAAGUUCAUUUUCCGCAUGAUGAUUUAGUGAAGUCUAAAUCUUGGAAGGAUUUCCGAUCAAACUUUACUCUUACCUCCAAGUACCUUGAAGACGUCAGGAAUGGAUUCUAUCCGUUAUUUGGAUGCCACUGGGAUGCUUACCAAGGAGAAGAGGAAGAUAGUACAUUUCCUAACUAUUCAGGAAUAUCAGGGUUCCCUCCUAGUAAUGGUCUGUCAGGUGCAAGUGGCUAUGUUAAAAAUGAUCCAUCUGCUUCUGUUGGGAAUUCUUCUUGUACAUCCGCCACCCCAAGCGCUUGUGGUUCGUGUAAAAACUCUACUGCGUCAAAAAUUACAGAUCUAGCUAUUGGCUCACAGUUGGCUCCAGAGGAUCUGGUUUUUAUGCAGUCUGAAGAUGCUUCAAAAGGUUGCUCUUGCUUCAAUGCCUGUACAUCCCAAAUAAAUAAUACUAACUACAUCCCACAAAUCGAUCCUAAUUGUUCAUCUAAGGUGAUAGAUAACGACUUAAAAAGGGAUGAUGUUUCGACUAGAGCUGGUGAGGUUAUUGGUGUGGGUUCUAUUCCAAAAACUGAUGAAGACAUUCAUCUUUUGUCUAAGGCAACGCCUUCAUUGAAUACACCCCGACUACCGGAAAUGGGUCAUGCAGAACUGAAAUUUGCAGAUAAGCCUUUUGACUACGUAAAUGAAACUGAAUAUCAUGGUCAAGUAACAUCUUUACUCAGUAAACGUGAUGGUUAUUUAUCAUCACCUAAAGAACAAAAUAAAUCUCAACUUACAUCUCCAAGUAGUGAACAGCGGUUUGACUUUGUUGUUGAUACCCAACAUAAGGAAGUAAUAAAUAAUAUUGAAGUUGUUAAUGAAAAAAUAUCUGAUGGCCUCACAUUAUCCGAUAAACAGGACAAUUUUAGUCCGGAACCAGAAGAUGAUGAAGGUGAGGUUGAUGACGAUGACGAAGAUGACGAUAAGGAUGAUGAAGAUGAUGACAACGAAGAUGAUGAUGACGAUGACGAUGAAAAGCGUGCAGUAGAACCAGCUGAACGUUAUGAACCACAAACAGUUCAUGUUAACCCACCAGAACGUGCACCAAAUCAUCCAGCUUUAUUUACACAUUGUCAGUAUUUGUAUGUGGGAGCUGGUCGUUGGCAAGUUUAUGUUCAAAUGUGGUUUGUUGAUGACCGUUUAAAAAGGGAGACUUAUGUACAAGUAUUUGAUAAUGAAUGGCAUGAUUAUGAACGUGUCGCUGAUCUGUUCGAAGCUUCACGGUGUUUGAAUCCAGUCGAUCGUCCUAAUCUGGUACGAUUGCUUGCUUUGGCACGACAUAACUGUGCUCUUAUCGAUGGUGAACUACAAUUUCCUGGUCCAUUAGCAUCUAGGCAGAGCAAUUUCGAUGCACUUGAACUUCAUGAAAAACUUGUCGCACUUCACCUUCAUCAACAAGCAAAAGAACGUUUAACUUCUAGAGAUUCAGGGUUAGCUAAAAGUUCAAUACAUUCAUCUUCUGCUACACCAAAUAAUGAAAAUGGACAUAUAGCCUCGAAUAAUUACGACCAGAAUGUAAAUGAUAUUCGAUCGAUGGAUUAUCAAAAUCAUGUACCAGUUCCAAAUGAAGUUCAAGCUUGUGCUGAGCAUAUCACACAGGUGCAAUUGCAUCAACGAGCAGAUCAAACGCAAGAUCCUCCAACUCCAUGUCCUGUAUCUGUCGGUCUAUCUGAUGCAGAUGGAACCAAAGAGAAUCAAGAUCCAGGUAAACAACUAAAAAUUAAAAAUGAUCCGAAUAAUGCACUUUUUCUGGAUGUCAGUUCACUUGCUCCUCGUAAUUCGUAUUGUGCCUUAUGCGAUACACAUGAUUAUCUACAUCAAAUUCAUUUGCCAGCUUAUCUAAUUUCUCCUUGUUAUCAUUGCCGUGAAUUUCUUGCAAAUGAAGCUAAAAUCACUCCUGAAAUUCUCCUAGACUUACAUUUACAACAUAACAUCCCUUGGCCAGGAUUUUUGCAAGCUAGAUUUGGUAUUCCUAAUGAUGGUCGAUCAAACGAAGAACUAAUUGCUUACGACUGCCGCUGGCGGAGCAGACAACCCUGCCGUUGUUUAAUAUCUGUAGACGGUUCAUUAUUACCACCGUGUGUCGAAUUUCCGUGGUUAGCUCCUACAGUUUCUUCAGGUCCAUUAGAGGUCACUGAUAUUUCAGUAAAUCAAAACAAAUUAGAUACACAAGAUUCAUCAAAUACACAAUCAACUGCAGAAAUUUCUGCAGCCAGCACUACAAAUCUACCUACUUUCGAUUUUUCCGCAACAACACAAGCACAAACCAAUACAACAAAUCAAUCUUUGCAUACCCCUACUGCAACCUCGGUGAAUACAAAUACCAUAUCAUCUGGGGGAAGUACUAGUACAUGUUUAAAAUCAAUUUUACCAUGCUCAAAUAGACACAUCCGCGGUGCUCCCAUCACUUGCUGUCAUGGCAUACAUUUGCCUUUAGUUGGCAUACCAACCGUCUCGAAUCCAUCCGCCAAUCAGAAUACAGAUACUAGUUGUAUCCCACCUACUGAUCCUUCUAAUCCACAAUUAACGACCGAUAAAUCAGUUGUUAUGACUCAAGAGAUCCAACAAGCAGCACUUCCAGCUAACGAUGUAUAA